AUGAAGAUCACCAGCUUUCUCACCCUCGCCUUCGUGGCUGCCGUGACUGCGAUCGCUGCAGACAACACCAACGACGUCUCCUCCACCAUCGACACCCUCAUCUUCUGCCAAAACACCGACGACUGUCCCGGUGGCACCGUCUGCUACAAGCCAAUGGGCAUCUGCAUCAGUCCUCGCCACCCUCCUCGCGAUGCAGCAACCGCCUGCAGCACCGGCAACGACUGUCCUGGAAACGCCAUCUGCAACCGCAACACGGGCACCUGCGUCGACAAUCCUCGCUAUCCUCCUCGCGCCAACGCCCUCUCCUGCAGCACCGGCAACGACUGUCCUAGCAAUGCCCUCUGCGAUCGCAAGAGUGGCACUUGCAUCGACAACGCUCGUCACCCUCCUCGUGCCAGCGAAAUCUCCUGCAAAAACGACGAUGAUUGUCCUGGAUCUUCGCCCUGCGAUCGCGAGAUUGGCGUCUGCCAAGCCAGCGCUCGUCACGCUCGUGAUGCGUUGUUCCCUUGCACCAGCAACGACGAGUGUCCCGACAAGACGGUUUGCGACCCUCAGACUGCCAGCUGCAUUAUCGUCGGAUAG